CGACAUCAGGGACUUCAUGAUCAACGACUUCGAUUGAUCUGGUAAUGCUGAAAUGGACGAACUGGCCAUUUCCGGGGCCAAGUCCCACACGGCCAGCGAGGAGCAGGUCAGUUUUGUGCGUGGGGCCGUGAGGAUCCUCAAGAUGCUGCUCACCUACGGUGCCCACUUCGAAGUAUGGUUCUACAAGCUGGGCGAAUCUCGCAUUGACGACGCCUUUCCCGAGCAGGUUGAGGGUAAUCCGAUUUCUCCCAAGAUGAGGCUGCUGCUCAUGAGCAGGUGUUGCCGUGGGCUUGGCGUGUUCAGAAGCACUCGUUGUUGGAGUACCUUGUGGGCGGAGAGGAGGACUCGCUCAUCUUCUGCACCAUCUGUUGCAAGUACACAAACACAGGCAGCCAGACGCAUCGAUACCUAGAUCACAUAUGCUACGGCAGGGAAAGGGGUGAGUGGGCGCAUCAUGGGGGGCAACCGCUUACGUGAGAACUUGAGACGGUUGCGCGCCUCAGCAAAACAUGCUCGACUGCUCCAUUCUCGUCGGCCCUCAGAGCGGGUGCGUGCUGCCAUAUGCAGGCCUGAAGGAUGGGCUGACCCUUUGGCG